GAUAACCGUUAAUUUUCAAUUUCUCGCAACCGCACAAGUUUUCCCUUUCAACAUUGGGAUAUGUGUUGCAGUGUGGAAGACUGGAAGCUCUCAACGACAGCACGCAUACUCGAUUUCCUCCAAUUUGAUCGCGAUCGAUGUUUUCUUCACAAGUUCACGCCAGCGUCAGCGCUCGCGGCCUAUCAUCAUCAACAACGACCACCACUCGGCGCUGUUCAACUUCUUUGGCUGCUCACUCUGUCUCCGCUUACCAUACUCGUUUGGUGUUGAAGAGCAUUGGUACUCGUGAAUCUCCUCGUUGUUCUCUCGGAGUCCAGGAAUUAUCCAUGGACGAACCAGUUGAAUCUGAGCCCUCCGUGAGAGAGGUUUUGAGGUCCACUCAAAACAGGGAGAAUGAUCUUUCAUCCGGCGGAGAAGGAAAAGAUGAAAAAGAAGGGGAUGACGAUGGCGAUGAUAAGGGAAUCUCUAGAAUACAAGUUCCGAGACAGAGUUACAUCCCGGUUUCCAAAGCUGAAUUGUUGGACGCCAUUGUAUUGAGGAUGUUCGAUUCUCCAGAUGAAGCCCAUCAGUUUGUGCUUAUCUCGUCGUUCUUAGACUCUAUCCUUCAUGCUGAACACAAGAGCACCUUAGAAGAAAUGCGAGAUGAUUAUUUCCUUAUUCAUUCCAUGGAAAAUGAGGAGACCAUUAAUGAUGAAUCAUCUGCUGUAGACAUAAAAACUACGGCUAAUGGAAACAAGUCUGAUUUGGCAGAUAGUAUCGGAUUUGGAAGCUUGGAUAGAAUCAAUAGAUAUGCGAAGGAGGGCCCUAAAACCAACAACAAAUUAGCUUCCACUUAUGGUCUGGACUUGAGAAAUAUUUUAGAUGCUUUACCAACAAAUGUCAAGCAAUAUUCUUAUACGGAGUCCAGCCUUGCAGUUGCCACUCGUUUCCAACGUGCUUUCGUGCAACUUCUUUAUGAUGCUCAGUUUGAAGAACUAUCGGCUAGGGAUUUGAUGUUGACAUCAGCUUUGAACACAGACUAUCUUCUUACCUUGCCUAUAUAUGUUGAUUGGAAGAGGGCAUCUGAAUCCAAUGCGAUAAUAUUUCGGCGUGGCUAUGCAGCUGAGACACAGAAAGGUCUACUGCUUGUUGAAAAACUGGAUUACAUACAAUCCAAACUUCUGCGUGGGAUCUUCUCUAUUAUAUCAAAACCAUUAGGGAGAAUUGGCAAAUGGAUUGACGAGGCUUUAAUGGGUGCUUCUCGAACACAAGAAGUACAAGAUUGGAUCAAGAAAAUAAAGCCUUGGCUGGAGGAAUUGGCUCUUUUUCGGCAAACAUACUUCGAUAAUGAACAAACUUCUGACACGCUGCUAGGAGUAGACCGGCUAUCAGAUAGUGACCUUCCUAUUUGGUUGGCAGCACAGAGGGCAGUAAGUCGUUAUGAAGGAUUUCUGUCGCCAGUUGGACCCCGUGAGAGGCUCUUUAGAAAGUUGCUGACCUGGACUGGUAUUGUACCUCCUACACGAGAAAUUCCAUAUGAGAUCGACCAUGACAAUAGUGCUUCUGAACCAUACUUAAGGCCAACUUUCUUAUCGAGAAUAUCCCUAAGCGAUUUAUGGAGACCUGCUGCAAGGAAAUACUGCGAAAACAAUCUUUGGAAAAUGUUUAAAACUUCCAUUUCCAUUCUUUUCUCACCGUCAUUCCUCCAGGAGCCUGCAUUCCAAGAACUAAUUUUGCUUUACAACAAGGAUGCGAGUGAAAGAGGAAACAGGGAUAAAGUUGACGUUCCAUCUUUUCAGUUAAAGAUCUAUGAGAAAAUCCCCAUUCCGGAUCUACCAGUCAUUUUCCCUCACAAAAAGCUGUCUUUUCGUAUCAUAGACACGGUGCGCUUGGAUAUUGCCACGAUACUGGGACUUUUGGCAUACUUCAUAAACUACAAAUUUGAGGACAUUGUUUCUUCUCCAUCAGCAAUACUUCUAGAUGUAAUUGCUUUCUCUGCCUUGAUAGUAUUUGGGACUCGUGUGGCUUUGGGUUACAAACAGACGUGGGAUAGGUAUCAGCUAUUAGUUAACAAGACACUUUACGAGAAAACCUUGGCAAGCGGUUUUGGAUCAGUUCAUUUUCUUUUGGAUGCUUCUGAACAGCAGCAAUACAAGGAAGCAAUUUUGACAUAUGCAAUCCUCCUUAAAAAGAAGAGUGGCCAGGCCUGCUUGGAAGUUGGGAAUCUAAGUGGAUGGGGGAUUUCUUUAAGAGAAGUUGGGGGUUUAAUGAGGGAAGAGCACAUGAGAGUUGGAGACCCUAAUUGGGAGGGAGGGGCCUGCUCCUUAUAACUUGCAGGAGGUGCAAGGUUUGAAUGAGAACAUUCUGCUUUGAAACAACAAUUUUUGCUUUCAAAACUACUGUCUGGAUUUGCAACCAACUAAAUUUUGCUCUAAAAUGUGUUUUAAAUUUUUUUAUGAAUAAGCUACAUGUUCGAAAUCCUAAGGAGUAACUCCCACUAGACCAAGAGAUGUUUUAAACAACAUGCCUUGCCUUGUUCAAGUUGGAGCCUUAUCCAUUUUCACGGAAUCUGCCCCCUUGUGAGAACAUUUAGCAGGCCUGGGUUAUUUAGGUCUUGUUCUGUGUCUCCAAUUUAGAAACAUUUAUGAAAAAACAUCUUUAAUUUAGAAACAUUUUAUUUGCCGUCUAAAUCACCAUUAACUGU